GUCCAACAUUGUCAAGCGAAUCACCAAAUCCACCCACUUCAGCCACCAUAAUUCACCACACCACUGUACACAGACCAGCCAGGGUCGCCAUUAUUAGACCACAAGACUAUGUCUGAGGACUUGUUUGUCAAGUUCCAUCAGGCUUGUGCUGAAGGAGACACACUCUUAGUCCAGAACAUCCUCGAGGAGAACGAGUCUAUCAAACAAUCAAUAAACAAAUGUAUUUAUAAUAACAUGUUUGGUGGUACUCUGGCCGCCAUCCACCUUGCCGUGGAGGGCAUGCAUAAAGACAUAUGUGAGUGUCUUUUGAAGAACGGGGCGGAUACGAGCAUCUCUGACUCUGAGGGUUACGCUCCGUUGCACAUUGCUUGUAAUGUUGGGAAUGUUCAGAUUGUUAAACUAUUACUGGACAGUGGGGCAGAUCCGGAGGCCCUGGUCGAAAGAAUCGGAUCUACUACGCUACACGAGGCUGUCUGUGGUGGAUCCAUCGAAGUCGUCGAGUGUAUUUUAAAUAAAGUUAAUAAUAUUGAAAAGUUAUUGCACCAUCAAGACUCAAAGGGCUGGUCACCGCUUCACUAUGCUUGCCAAUAUGGCCACUUAAACAUUGCUUCUGCUCUCCUCUCAUUCUCUCCCUCUACCAUCGACAUUAAAGUCCUCAUUGGAAGGACGGCGUUACAUUUGGCGGCGUUUGAAGGCCACACAGAGUGCGUCCGUUUGCUACUAAACAACGGAUGCCAGAUUGACGUACAAGACGAAGAAGGCUGGACUCCAGUUAUACUAGCGUGUCAGGAAGGACACCCAGAGAUUGUUAAAAUGAUCUGCUCUCAUUCUCCUGACCUUAGUUUGGUGAGUAACCUCACAGGACGUAACGCUAUUCAUGCCGCCAGUUUCCACGGUCACCUCCAAUGUAUAUCGCAUCUAUUAGAGAGUGGCAAAUGUUCUGAGCUGAUCCACGCUUGCGAUAAAGAUGGAUGGACUCCAUUGCAUUUGGCUGCUCAAGAAGGCCACCUAAAUAUCGUGAGAUUAUUUUUAUCGUCUAAUAUAACUCGAUCAGUUAAAGUCGACUGUCAAGCGAAGAACGGUCGGACUCCAUUGCAUAACGCUGUCCUUAAGGGGAAGCUAUCAGUCAUCGACGAGUUACUAAAGUUUGGUGCUAACAUCAGAGUGAAGGACACCAAGGGGUGGAGCCCGCUUCAUGUCGCCGCCCAGCAUGGCUUCUAUGACAUAGUUGACAGACUUGUCUCUCACGGCAGUGAUAUUAACGAUAUUAUCGACAGUGGACGAAACUCACUUCAUUUGGCUGCUUUCGAAGGUCACGAAAAAGUAGCUCAAUAUUUGUUAGCGAAAGGAAUCAAUUAUACAUUACAGGACAAAGACCAAUGGAGCCCUCUACAUUUAGCAGUCCAAGAGGGUCAUUGUAAUAUCGUUUCUCUCCUCCUUAACCAGUCAAAAAUAGUCAUUAACGUUCAAGCAAAGAAUCGCCGCGUUCCUCUACACUCAGCCUGUUACCAUGGCCACGUGGAGAUUGCCAAGUUAUUGCUUGGGAGAGGAGCGGAUUGGAACAUUAAGGACGAGAAGGGAUGGACUCCGCUGCAUCUCUGUGCUCAAGAGGGUCACUUGGAGAUAGUUAAAACACUGAUUAGCAACGGAGCGUCAGUGAGCAUCCAAUCGGAUAACAUGAGGGCUCCCCUUCACCUUGCCUGUAUGAAGGGCAAGGUAUCUGUAGUUGAGUACCUGCUCAGUUGUAACGCUGACAUUGAGCUGAGGGACUCACGGAAGUGGACUCCAUUAUGCAUCGCCUGUCAUCACAAUCAUUUUGAUGUCGUUUCAAGGCUCAUAGACGAAGGAGCUACUGUCAACGUACAGAUAGGAGGAGGAAGGAACCCACUUCAUUUAGCAGCUUUUAACGGGUUUAUAAGAAUCUGCGAGUUACUGAUUGAAAGAGGGGUAGAGCUUGACGGCAAAGACAAUGAGGGCUGGACUCCACUUCAUUUAGCAGCUCAAGAAGGCGCCAUUGAAGUUGUGAAACUCCUCGUUGAGUCUGGCUCUGAUAUCCACUCAUCUUCAGUUAGUGGGAGGCGGCCACUACACAUGUGUUCAUCCUCUGGCUACGUUGAAAUCAUUAAUUUUCUUUUAUCCUGUGGAGCGCUAGUGAAUGCUACUGACGCUAAGCUCUGGACCCCGAUUCACUCCGCCUGUAAUAAAGGACACCUCAAAGCAGCGAUGGUUCUUUACGAAGCCGGAGCUGAGAUUGAUGCCAAGAUUCAUAUGGGAAGGAACUCACUUCAUCUCUGUGCGUUUAACGGGCACAUUGAUGUAGCCAUGUUUCUCCUCAAGCACAACAUACCGAUACAUGACAAAGAUAAAGACGGAUGGACUUCACUACAUCUUGCUGCUCAAGAGGGUCACAUCAAUAUAGUGAAGUUGCUCCUUUCCAAUGGAGCCGAUGCAACAAUGCAGGCUAACAACUUAAGAAUACCAUUACACUUAGCAGCAAUGCACGGUCACUCCGAAAUAGUUAAAUUAUUACUAAAGCAUUCACCUCAAGCUGAUGCAACCGACUGUAAGAAUUGGACUCCGUUGCAUUCUGCCUGUAAUAAGUGUCAGUUUGAGACUGUUCGCGUAUUGAUAGACGAAGGAUCAGAUGUUCAUAAGGUCAUCGAUACGAGACGUAACUGUCUCCAUUUAGCAGCUUUCAACGGAGGAAAGAAAGUGUGUGAGCUGCUCCUUGAGCAUGGCUGUGACUUAUUAGCUCAAGAUCAAGAUGGCUGGUCUCCGCUACACUUGGCAUCUCAAGAAGGUCACACAGAUACAGUACAGCUGUUCCUGGAUCAUGACUCUAACGUUGAGACACUUUCCAAUGAUGGGAGGACACCGCUCCAUCUUGCCUGUCUCAAGGGACGCACUGAAGUAGUACAAGCUCUUAUAUCCAGCAAGGCUCGCUGCGACGUGGUGGACAGUUCAAACUGGACGCCACUGAUUGAUGCUGCUAGCGGAGGGUUCCUGGAACUAGUUAAAAUUCUCACUAAUCAUCAGGUCCCACUUGAUGUCCAGACUUCGGGGAGACAGGAGACAGCUCUUCAUUUGUGCGUCAUUAACAAUCACCCUGAGGUAGCUCUGUACCUAGUCCAACGUGGAGCUAAUUUUAGAAUAAAUGACAUAACCGGUAAAACCAGUUUUCAUUUAGCAGUCCAGAAGGGACUCUUGUCAGUCGUUGAAGAAAUGAUCAGAAGAAAUGAGUUGGUACUCCAUGACAAAACAGACUCCGGUAUCAGUCCACUCAAACUGGCUUGCUCUGGCGGCCAUCUUGAAGUGGUAGCACUUCUAAUUCACAAAGGAGCUGUCCUUAAUAACAUGAUUGAAGAUGCUAAGGAGGCGCUGGAGGCUGCUAGAAGUAAUGGAUACAACGAUAUUGUGUGUCUUAUUAUUGACAGUGGGAUAUUAGAUGGAGAUGGGUGGUAUGUAGGAUAAUAACUUAUUAUUAUUAUUAUUUUAAUUUAUUAUUAUUAUUAAUGCGUGUGGAAAAAAUAAUUUUAAUGGUUAAAUCAA